GACGUCCGCGAUGUUUAACAAAUACUAAUUGGCGUACUCUUCAAGAGAUGAGAGCCUGGAGAAGAGAGAGAAAGAGAGAGUCCAAUGGCCACCACCGGGGUCACCGCCAUGACCACCGACUCAGAGAGCUCUCCGGCGCAACAUGCUAACCUUGGUAUAGUGGCCGCGGAGAUCGCGAUCUUCACCAUCGCCACCUACGCCGCCUCCACUAUCGUCAUCAUUAUCUGCGUCUAUAUCUGGGACCGACUCUGGGGCCGGCGUCGUGUCCUCGUCGCCCCACCCGCCAGCAGAUCUACUGAGGCCCCCGGAACCGCGCUGAGCCCAUCCGCCAUCGCUGCUCUGCCGAGUUUUGCCUACCGGCGAGUCAUGGAUGGCAGUGGAAAUGAAAAUAUCGGCACUUCGGCACAGCAAACCGUCUGUAAGAGUCUGGUGGAAGAAGGGGAGAUGGUGAGGCUGCUGCCCAACUGUAGACAUGUCUUUCAUGUUGAUUGUGUUGACGUAUGGUUUCGCUCCCACUCGACAUGUCCCCAGUGUCAUUCCAGUGUCGAGGUAGAGGAAGUGGUCAUGAAGGUGGAGUUUGGCGAGGGGGCGGCACCACUGCCCCCGCCGGUGUAAGUUGGUGGUGGCGCCGCCUUCUCCGUCAAUCCCGUUUUCUCUCUAUUUUUCCGGAAUAACAGGUGGGAGAACCGCAUGUCCAAAUUUAAUCUCGAAACCCUUCUCCAGCACAAGCACUAAGGAGGGAGGUGCCGACCUGACCGAAGCCUCGUUGGCAGUUUGGUGGCGGCGGCGGUGGAAGGUUUUUUGUAAUUGAAGAUCUGGGGUGUAAAUAUCUGUUAUUUUCUUGAGUAGUCUUUGGUUGUGUGAGCUGAUAUAUGCAUGCUAUUGAAAUGGAAAGA